GGCUGUAAUGGAUGAAGUGAAUUCUCUCUGAAUUAAGGGCCGUGGAGGUUUUUAUAUCCACGAACAUCGCCCAAAUUAUAGGUCUGGUUGCUUUCCAGAGCCGCUUAAGUGAACUGGAACAAAUUUUAACACAUAAAUAUGUGACAAUUUCCGACAAAUAUGAAACUACAGAGAGUUUACACUGAACAUUAAAGCGAAUAUGUGAACAAGAAGCAAGCGGGUCAAGUUUUAUUUUCAGUUAUGUGGGGAAACAUUCAUGCACAGAGAGCUUUACUUGGUCAAAGCUCAGCAACCGUGUGCAAGGAGACCUAAACGUCUGUUUACACUUUGAUAUCGAACAAGGAUAAGCAAACAAAAACAAGGGAGCGUGUAUUUUUGUUCUUUCUUUUUGUCUUUCGAGAGGAGCUAGCUUAGCCUAAGCUAGCCGCGCAGUCGAGAGGCGCGAGCGCAAUGCGCUGACUGAGGCGCCAGUAACAUCAUCGUGAAGGACAUGAAUCAAGUUUAUGGUUAAAAAGAUCUUUUUUUUGCGUGUGUACUGUUGGAUAUAUUUUGGACUAUUUUUCAAGGAACCACAUCUUGCACAACCGGACCAGGGGAAGACUUCUGGAUAACCUGUGCGCAUUAAAUCGCCUGCGCAUCUUAGUUUGUGCCAGCAUCCAACUUUUCCGUCUCGCAGUAUUUUAAAUUUCACUUAAUAUUAAGUGAUUUCUGCUGUUCAUGUGCUGUCUCGACCGAAGAGGUCCGCGUCUCCGGAGGACAUUGGUCGCUCUAACGUGGAGGUAUGCCUGGAUCAGAUCGCCUGCAUGCGACCAAACGGAAGGCUGACUCGCUUUACCAACAUCAGCAACAGGCGACCGGUGGGGCCGGCAAAACGGGUCCGUCUUCGCACACCGGCUCCGGUAAGCAUCUUUUAAAAUCGACGAGCUCCGCUUCUGCCAAGCUCAAGCGAAGUAAGUCCAAACAUGAGGCCGAAACCGCCGCCGUCGUCUCCGCUUGCGUUUCCACGGCGCGUCCAGCAGUGGGCGCCAUCAAGCCGUUGGUUGAGUACGACGACAUAAGCUCUGACUCGGACACUUUCCUGGACUCUCCUGCCGGUGCAAAACCGGCCGUUUCUGAACGCGUAGAAUCUGAAUAUGGCAAAACGGGACUCAGUGAAGACAAUAGGACUCAUAAACACAAGCGAGCCAGAAAAAAGUCCAAAGACACCCAUCGGGAUAGGGAGCCGGAGGAAAGGACGGAGGUCCCAAAGAAGAGCAGCAAGGAAAGGGAUCGAGGGAUCAAGGAAAGUAAGAAGAUUAAGGAGAAGCCAAGCUCAGCCGUGUGCCUUCCUUCAACAUCCAAACGAUCGGAUGAAUCCGGUAGUAAGAGAUCCAGUGAAUCUCUCUCAACCGCUGUGGUCCAGACGGCCGUGAAUGUGGGCAGCAGCGCAUCCUCAGCAUCCUCCUCCCAGAGCAAAGAAAGCGGGCGUUCGUCCAAAUCCCGCAAAGACAAGGAGAGGAGAGAGGUCUAUGAGGACAGGAGCCACCGUAAGGCCUCCAAGAGUCGCAAGUCGAGCCCCAAGAAGAAGAGCCAGUCUCGGGGUAGCCCUAGAAGGAAGGCCGCUGCUCAGUCGGAGAGUCCCAGGAGAAGUGGAGGGGACAGUCCUUCGACUGGCGAGCCGGACAAUAGUUAUUCAUCCAGGCGCAGGGCUGCGAGCCCCAGCCCGUACAGGGAGCCGUCCAGACGAAGCAGGCAGAGAUCAGAGAGUCCGUACGGACGUAGAAGGUCCUCGAGCUGCGAGAAGGAUGGCAGUCCGUACAUAACCAGGAAACACUCACCGGCCAGUCCCUAUGGCAACCGACGCUCAUCCAGUACCAGUCCGGUGUCCAGACGAUCCCUGCGUUCCCGCAGCCGUUCUCCACACUACUCUUCCUCUCGUCGUUCAUCAUCUCGUUCUCGCACUAAAAAACACUCUUUAUAUUCUGGAGGCUCUAGAGGAAAAAAAGAAGAAAACCGAUCACCUUCGCAUCUUCCAAUCACAUCCAGCCUCGGGGCCGAACUUACACGACGAAAGAAGGAACGUCAGGCGGCUGCGGCCAAAAACUCUCCUUUGCUCCAACAAAACACGUCAAACGCUGUAAACUUGCCAGCGAAAAACACAGAGUCGACACUAGAGACUGCUCCACCCCCUGAGCAGCAGAAACCUCCCUCUCCGCCUCCGAGCACCGUUUUGCCGGAGGAACCCACCACGGCUCCUCCACCUCUGCCGAUGUCCAAUCCCCCUCCGCUACCCAUAUCAUCUCCUCCGCCUCUUCCUGCUAACUCCCCUCCACCACUUCCUCUUUCAUCCCCUCCACCCCUUCCUCUAACCAGCCCUCCGCCACCCACUCCACCCUCAACACCGGCUGCGUCUGUUCCCUCCAAACCGAAAAGCCCCACCCAUAAACAGACACAGAGUCCUGCACAACCGGUGAAGACCUCCACCCUCCCACUGCUUCCUCUGCCGCCGGUUCUCCUGGGAGACAACAGAGACAGUCCAAAGAAGAGACUAUCCCAGAGGUCAUCACGGAAGGAAAGAGAAAAGGAGAAAGAAAAGGAAAAAGACGUCAGGACACGCCUCCUUAGCGAGUUGCCCCUCCCACCAGUGCUUCGUGGUGCCGACCCCUCCCCUCCACCAUCACCUGUCCAAGAGCCCACAAUCCCUCUGCAACCAACCUACAAGAAGAGACCAAAGAUUUGCUGUCCAAGGUACGGAGAAAGGAAACAGACUCAGACUGACUGGGGCAAACGUUGUGUGGAUAAGUUUGACAUCAUCGGCAUCAUUGGAGAAGGAACCUACGGCCAGGUGUACAAGGCCAAAGACAAAGACACAGGUGAGCUGGUGGCGUUGAAGAAGGUUCGCUUAGAUAAUGAAAAGGAAGGAUUUCCCAUCACCGCCAUUAGAGAGAUCAAGAUCCUCAGACAGCUCAACCACACCAGCGUGGUUAACAUGAAAGAGAUCGUCACUGAUAAACAGGACGCGCUCGACUUCAAAAAGGACAAAGGUGCCUUCUACCUGGUGUUUGAGUACAUGGACCACGAUCUGAUGGGACUGUUGGAGUCUGGGCUUGUGUCUUUCUCUCAUGAACACAUACAGAGCUUCAUGCAUCAGCUCAUGGAGGGAUUAGAUUAUUGCCACAAGAAAAACUUUCUGCACAGAGACAUCAAGUGCUCCAAUAUACUGCUGAACAACAGCGGUCAGAUCAAGCUUGCAGAUUUUGGCCUGGCUCGUCUGUAUAACUCUGAGGAAAGUCGGCCGUACACUAAUAAGGUGAUCACGUUAUGGUACCGACCACCUGAGCUGCUAUUGGGAGAGGAGAGGUACUCACCUGCUAUAGACGUAUGGAGCUGCGGGUGUAUUUUGGGAGAGCUCUUUACUAAGAAACCAAUUUUCCAGGCCAACCAGGAACUACUGCAGCUGGAGCUGAUCAGUCGUCUGUGUGGAAGCCCGUGUCCUGCUGCAUGGCCAGAUGUGAUAAAGCUGCCUUACUUUAACACGAUGAGACCCAAGAAACAAUACAGGCGACGCUUACGAGAGGAAUUUGCCUUCCUGCCCACCUCGGCGCUUGACCUGUUGGAUCACAUGUUGACGCUGGACCCGUCGAAACGCUGCACAGCCGAGCAGGCCCUCGCAAGCCAGUUUCUGUGUGACGUGGAGCCCAACAAAAUGUCACCGCCAGAUUUGCCUCAUUGGCAAGAUUGUCAUGAGCUGUGGAGCAAGAAACGACGGCGACAGAGACAAAGCGGAGUGCCUGAGGACCCCCCUGUCGCUAAAGCGCCACGAAAGGAGUCUGGAGGGGAGAAGAGCCGCCCGCCGCCACCACCUCCUCCUCCAUCUGCCCGUCCUGUGCCAGCAAAUACUGCAGCCAGUGAGCUCGAAGGUUUGGGAGCGGCAGCGGAGCAGUUGAACCAGACCGAGUUGGCUGUGCUUCUGAACCUGCUCCAGGGCCAAUCAGACAAUCUAAAUCUCCCGCAGAUGGCCGAGUUACUCCGCAGCUCCUCCGAACCAUCAACAUCUCUGCUGUCCAAAACUCCCGCCGCCCCUUCUACCCCUGAAGUGGACCCCGCGCAGCAGCAAGAAGUGCUUAGCCAUCUCUCCACCCUGUUCCAGUCCUCUAGCAAUCCACAGCCUUCGGAUCCUCCGCAGGAAGACCAGGCCGGCCUCCUCGCGCUCCUAUUGGAGCAGCUGAUAAAGGCUCAGGCACAGGGGGCGGAGCGAGCGGACGAAAGCAACGGAGUCCGGUCGGACGAGGCAGUGCCGCGAGAUAGCUCAGCUUCCGUCAAGGGCAGCGAGGAUGCUGCAUUAAUAAAGCCAGAGGCGACAGACUCCAAAUCUGCACCAGAACCGGCAUCCUCCACUUCCAAACCCCCUCGUGACAUCACAUCUGAUGUAGUGGGCACCCUGCUCCAGCUUCUAUCCCAGCAGGCCUCAGAGGACGGGGGUCCUUCAGUGGACCUGCACCCCGGUCAGGUACCCAUCUCUCCUCAGAGCACAACCCCAGUGCCUGCUUCCUCUUACGUCCCAUCACCCGCUGCUGGUCUGGAAAACUCUGCUCCUGAGAUUCAGUUCCCCCAGGACCAAGACCUGAGAAAUCGACGUCAGCGCAGCUUCCAAAACUCGCUGUCUCGUAGCCCCGCCUCUCUCCCGCCCCCAGGCUGAUAUAAGGACGUCCCACAUUGACUCUAAACACAGCCAGUGAAAGAGACAAAACCAGAGGUCAGGCUGAUUAGAGAAGACACAAAACCACCAGCGCAUCUGAGACACUCGAUUACAGGAGAGAGAUAAUACGGAGAGUUGUGUGGAGGACACUGCGUGUGUGUGUGUUUGUGUGUGUAUUUGUGUAUGUUGAGACAGGUUUGAUAUUUGUGACACUGAAGAGGAGAGGACAGCAGAUUAUGGAAUCCUCAAGUCCCCCCAAGGGCCCCGUGGAACCCAAAGAAAAGAGGAAAA